CUCUCCCUCCUGCUGCUGCGUUGCUGCCCGGCUCUUCCUGGGACUGCUGGCCGUGUCCUUGUGCCCUGCCUCCCGUCUCCGGCAUGCCCGGGCCUUUGCCCCCCACAGAGCUGUACGUCUCGGAGCGGGUCGUCGUGCUGGUCUCCUGUGUGCUGUCCUUCCUGGGUUCCAGCCUCCUGGUUUGCACCCAUGCCCUGUGGCCGGAGCUGCGGACCCGUCCCCGCCAGCUCCUGCUCUAUCUGUCGCUGGCGGACCUCCUCUCAGCCCUCUCUUACUUCUACGGGGUGCUACAGGACUUCGACAGGACCUCAUGGGACUGUGUGCUGCAGGGUGCCCUGUCCACCUUCUCCAACACCAGCUCCUUCUUCUGGACCAUGGCCAUUGCCCUUUACCUCUAUAUCACCAUUGUGAGGGGCUCGCCCACGGGCACAGGCUUGCUCUGCUGCUUCCAUGUUGUGAGCUGGGGAGUCCCCCUUGGCAUUACGGUGGCGGCUGUUGCUCUGAAGAAGAUUGGCUAUGAUGCCUCCAAUGUUUCUGUGGGCUGGUGUUGGGUCAACUUGGAUGCAGAGGAUCGGGUCUUGUGGAUGUUGUUAACGGGGAAAGUUUGGGAGAUACUGGCCUAUGUGACUUUGCCGGUGCUCUACAUUCUCAUCAAGAAGCACAUUAACAGAGCGCAUGCAGCUCUCUCAGAGUAUCGCCCUAUUCUUUCAAGAGCACCUGCAUUUCAGCCCCGGACUUCCAUAGCAGAUAAGAAGUUGAUUCUCAUCCCUGUCAUCUUUAUCAUCCUCCGCAUCUGGAGCACUGUACGAUUCAUUCUGACCCUCUGUAACUCCCCUGCAGUGCAAAAUUCAGUCCUGGUUGUCCUGCAUGGAAUUGGUAACACGUUCCAAGGAGGUGCCAACUGUAUUAUGUUUGUCCUCUGUACGCGGGUGGUCCGGACUCGGCUGUUUUCCUCCAUUUGCUGUUGCCACUACGAUGAGUUGGAUUGGCCUUUGCAAAGAUCAAACAGCUCCUGGCAGCGCCCAGAACCCCACAAGGACAAGGAUGUGCCAGGCCCUGAGCGGACGAAACCCCUGCUUUCCAGCACCUGAGCCUGGGCUGUCUACAUCUCAGUGUCGAUUUCUUCUUUCUUGGUGCGGGAUCAUCCCCGAGUCCCACAGAGGGAGCUAAAGCCUGAGGAAAGGCACCGCUGGAGUGGCUGAGCAAACGGAAGAGGUCCCACUCCUCCUCGGCAUUCAGAUACCAGCUGCUUUGGUCUUGACCUUUGCUCAGGAUCCUCUGGAAGAUACUGUUUGGCUGUACUCCGACUUCCUGGUUUUCUUCCCUCCUUCCCCUCUCCAUCCACUAUAAAUCUUAAAAAUUGUUUGGGGUUUUGCUUUUCUGUCUGACAAGGCGAGUGUGUUGUGAGUUCUGGGGUGAACAAAUAUCAUGGUGAUAGGAGAACUUCAGUAGCUGCUGAAUAGGACUAUCCUGGGCAUGGAUUUCAGUCCUAGUGUGUGUGGUCUUCCAGGGAGCUCCAGACUGGCUCCUGUUCUUCACUUGAAUGUGGACGAUAGUGUGCAAACAUGCUUAUUUUGUGGUGGUGAUGGAUGGUUCCUGUUGAUGGUUUAUUCCUCCUCCUUGGUGGUUAGGGGUCGUCAUCAUCAGGGUUUGUGGUGGCAGCGUGCUUAUUGCCUCCUGGGAAAAUCUGAACUCUGCAGACUCCCUUGGUGCUCAGGGAUAUCGGAGUGUACCACCCCAGCCUGCAGCAAGGACAGCCCUCACCAGCAGCAAGAUGGUGCCUGGCAUGUGCUCUGAACUCCAGAUGUCCUCUGCCGAAGCACAGGCUACAGUCUCUUCUUGCUCUGGGAGUGUUGUAUCAGAGCUGGCGAGGGGGUGGGUUUUUGUUUACUAUUUGGAGAUAGCGUUUUACCUUAUUUACAGCUCCUCACUUGCUUGUUUUUUAAACAUGUUCUCCAACUUUUACAAAAUAAAGUUUUAUUCUU